UGCGUAACUGUAGCGACUGAUGAGCCCGACGGUCCUUGGAAAACUGAAGCCACCUUUUCACAUUUUUUUCACCAAUAAGACAGGUCAACCGCCAUACGCAGACUCCAGAGGGGGACUCAUGAAGAUAGUUUUUUUUUUUUUUAAUUAAUUUAAUGUUCGCCUGCCGUCUGCGGCAGAAGAAAUAAGCCAUGUUUUGUUUUUGAUAUCAGCGCGAUGUUUAACGGUGUCGCUCUAUAGAGGUUCCCCGUUAAAGGGAAACAGUUAGCUUCAUAAGUGGAGCCUCCAGCAUUUUCUGCCUACAUUUUAGGCAGAAAAGACGCUUUCGGGUCAAUAUAUUUUUUUGUUUUCACUGGCUCGGGGGGCUCUUGCCCAGUCAAUAUUUGACUCUGGAGCCGGACACGGAGGAGAGCAUGGCCAUGACAGGAGGGACUGCAGCCGCCCUCCCCAUGAGCAACCACACCCGUGAGCGGGUGACCGUGGCCAAACUGACGCUGGAGAACUUCUACAGCACGCUGCUCACCCAACACGAGGAGCGCGAGAUGAGGCAGAAGAAGCUGGAGAAGGCCAUGGAUGACGAGGGCUUACCAGAUGAUGAGAAAGUGAUGCGGCGUUCCCAGCAUGCUCGCAAGGAGACCGAGUUUUUGAGACUGAAGAGGACGCGGCUGGGCUUGGAUGACUUUGAGUCGCUUAAAGUCAUCGGACGUGGUGCUUUUGGAGAGGUGCGUUUGGUGCAGAAAAAGGACACCGGGCACAUUUACGCCAUGAAGAUUUUGCGAAAAGCAGACAUGUUGGAGAAAGAGCAGGUCGCUCACAUCCGGGCGGAAAGGGAUAUUCUCGUGGAGGCAGACGGCGCAUGGGUGGUGAAGAUGUUUUACAGCUUCCAGGAUAAGAGGAACCUCUACCUCAUUAUGGAAUUUUUGCCUGGAGGCGACAUGAUGACGCUGCUGAUGAAGAAGGACACUUUGUCCGAAGAGGCCACCCAGUUCUACAUCGCCGAGACGGUCCUGGCCAUCGACUCCAUCCACCAACUGGGUUUCAUCCACAGAGAUAUCAAACCGGACAAUCUGCUGCUGGACUCCAGGGGACAUGUGAAGCUGUCUGAUUUUGGUUUAUGCACCGGACUGAAGAAAGCCCACCGAACGGAAUUUUACAGAAACUUGACACACAACCCACCCAGUGACUUUUCCUUUCAAAACAUGAACUCCAAACGGAAAGCAGAAACCUGGAAGAAGAACCGGAGACAGCUGGCUUAUUCCACAGUGGGCACGCCGGACUACAUCGCCCCUGAAGUCUUCAUGCAGACGGGAUACAAUAAGCUGUGCGACUGGUGGUCCCUGGGUGUCAUCAUGUAUGAGAUGCUGAUAGGCUAUCCGCCGUUUUGUUCGGAGACGCCGCAGGAGACGUAUAGGAAAGUCAUGAACUGGAAGGAGACUCUCGUGUUUCCACCCGAAGUCCCCAUCUCGGAGAGAGCAAAGGACAUGAUUCUGCGGUAUUGCACGGAUGCUGAGAACAGAGUCGGGGCAGGCAGCGUGGAGGAGAUCAAAAGCCAUCAGUUUUUUGAGCCCGUGGACUGGGAGCAUAUCAGAGAGCGUCCCGCCGCUAUUUCCAUCGAGAUAAAAAGCAUCGACGACACCUCCAAUUUUGACGAGUUCCCGGAGUCCGACAUCCUCCAACCAGCCAAUGCCACAGAACCAGACUUCAAAUCCAAGGAUUGGGUGUUCCUCAACUACACUUACAAACGCUUCGAGGGCCUGACUCAACGAGGCACCAUCCCAACAUACAUGAAGCCAGGGAAGGCCUGACAGCCUCGAACAGGGAGUAUAUAAAAAAAAAAAAGACACUCACGGAUGUAACAGGGUCGGGCCUUUGGAGGCUCCCGCUGGUGCUGAAAGCCGAACCGCCCCCCCCUCAGUCUACGUGUAAACCGCCCUCGCUCCGCCAAGUUCUUAAGGGUCGCGUGUGGCCUGCAGCUCUCAGGCCAGCUCGGGUCUCUAUACCGUACGCGCGCGCUCACGUCACCUCAUAAAAAGACUGCAGUCACUACUCGAAAGUCUCAACACUGGUCGUCGGAAACUGGCUCAUAUGCAAAACGAGUACCCACUACUGAACACGCGCCGCCGCCGCACUCUGGAAGGUUUCAGCAUGAUUUGCGGUGUUCUGCGACAACCUCGUCCGUCCAGGAUAGUGCGUUCCCUCAAAUGGUGUUCUCUAAGGGUUGAAAAACAAAACAUUUGCAUUACGGUUUAGUAUUGUGCAAUUGACAGUUUAUCACGUUACAGGGUGCAGGAAAGGGUUAAUGUAAA